AUGACUACUACUUCAACAAAACCAAAAGUAUUAAGAUUAGGUAAAAUCGAAUUCGCCCAAACAAAAUGGGAUCAAUUAUCAGAACUCGCAGAAAUCAUCGACUGUACUUCUAAAUCCCGUGAAGAAUUCAUCCAAGACCUUAAAACCAAAUAUAAGGACAUCACAGCCAUCGCAAGAACCUAUGCAUCAGUUGAACAGACCGGAAGAUUCGAUGAAGAAUUAGCUACCCAUUUGCCAUCCUCAUUAAAGAGUAUAAAUCACAAUGGGGCCGGCUAUGAUCAAAUCGACAUUAAACCAUUCACACAAAGAGGUAUUCAAGUCUCGAAUGUGACUGUCCCUGUUGAGGCUCCGACUGCCGAUACUGCUGUGUUUUUGGUUUUGUCAUGUUUGAGAAACUUCCAAGAGGGGCAUG